UUACCUUGUAAAUAUUUAACCAAAAGAAAUAAUGUCAGCAUUAAGAUCAUUCGGCAAGGGCCUUAAGGAACUUCGUGUGCAUUUCUGCCAGACUUCGCCAGCUAGCAGUGGUCUCAGAGAGUACAUUGCUCAAAACUACACUGCCAUCAAGAAGGCGAACCCCGAACUCCCCAUUCUCAUUCGUGAGGCCAGCGGUGUUGAGGCCCGUGUUUUCGCUCGUUUCGAUAAGGGCGUUGAGCGCAAGGCUAUCUUCCAAAAUGCUUCUUCUCAAGACAUCGAAAAGAUGUUGGAGCAAUUGACCAAGUCUGCUUAAACCAUUCAAUAGAAAAUUAAAAACGAAUCGUUCUUUAUCCUUCUCCUCGUUCUCCCUUCGCCUUUUCAACUACUACUACACACUCACACACACACACUUGAAAAUAAAUCAAUAGCACACCUGGCUGCUCACGGCUCUAUUUUGGAAAAAAAAAAGGUCUGGUCAUGCAGAUAAAAGGGUAGUUUUGAAUUUGUAGCGCCAUCCACGGUAUCUUUUGCUAAUGUGGAGACCACCCCGUCUGACUCAUCUGCUCGUUUCUCAUUGGUGGCUUAAAGCGCGGGUGGAAUCUGUCA